UUCACUUCACCACACCAUUGUUUUCAUUCAUUACUUCCUUCCCCGAGAAACAAAAACUCGAAAUGAUAUUUUCUGAAAAUUAACAACCAAUGAUGUUUUACACUUCCAAAAUCUCCAAGAAAUUAACAACAACGACAUUAUUUAGGCACUUUUCUCACAUGGGGUUUCUCAAAAACUCAAAAAGACCACUCAAAGAUGCUAAUAAAAGCAAACCCUUCACAGAAAAGCAACAGGGCUCUGGUUCCGAGUUGGAGAACAGUAUUUAUGCAAUUCUGACAAUUAGCAGAUGGGAGUCAUUAAAUCAAAUGAAUUAUAAAAGGGGUUCUCUUAGGUUAGUUCAUGGAAGACUAGCUCUAAAGUUUCUUAAUUGGGUAAUCAAGCAACCGCCUUUUCAAGAACUCAAGAAUCUUACUUAUGUUUACUGUUUAACUAUUCAUAUAUUAGUCAAGGCGAGAAUGUAUGCGUCUGCUAAAUCGAUUUUGACCCGGUUGUUUGAUAUUGGUAUUGGUGCAAUUUCUGUUUUUGCUGUUUUAAUGGACACUUAUCCUCUUUGUAAAUCCAAUCCUGCUGUUUUCGACCUUUUGAUUCGGGUUUACUUGAAGGAAGGUUUGGUUAAAGAUGCUUUGGAGGUUUUUCAUUUGAUGGGGGUUCGUGGGUUUAAACCUUCUGUUUAUACUUGCAACAUGAUUUUAUCUGUGAUUGGAAAAGAAAACGGGCAAGCAGCUUGGUUACUUUUUAAGGAAAUGAUUUCGAAGGAUGUAUGCCCGAAUGUUGCUACUUUUAAUAUACUCUUGAAUGUUCUCUGUCUUAAUGGGAAAUUCAAGAAAGCUGGACAUCUUGUUUUGAAAAUGGAAGAGAGUGGCUAUGUCCCCACUUUAGUUACUUACAAUACAUUACUUAAUUGGUAUUUCAGAAAGGGGAGAUACAAGGCAGCUUCAGAGUUGAUUGAUCACAUGAGUCAUAAGGGUCUUGAAGCAGAUGUAUGUACAUAUAACAUGUUUAUAGAUAACUUAUGUCAAAAUAAUAGGAGUGCAAAAGGUUAUUUGUUGUUGAAAAAGAUGAGAAAAAGGAUGGUUUCCCCGAAUGAGGUAACUUAUAAUACUCUUAUAAAUGGGUUCAUUGAGGAAGGGAAAUUGAUGGUUGCUGUUCAUGUUUUCAAUGAGAUGUUAGACUUUAGGAUUCUCCCGAAUGUUAUAACUUAUAACUCUUUGAUUGAUGGGUAUUGUAAAGAAGGUAACUUUAAAGAAGCUGCAGAACUUCUCAAUGAAAUGGAAGCAAGGGGAUUGAGGCCUAAUGAAGUUAGUUAUGGUGCCAUUUUGAAUGGUCUGUGUAAUAUUGGAGAGUUAGAUUCAGCUUCUAGUCUGUUAGAAAGCAUGAGAAUGAGUGGGAUACUUGUCGACCAUAUUUCAUAUACGAUGUUGGUCAAUGGGUUUAUCAAAGGCAGGAGGCUUAAAGAAGGUAUGCAAGUUCUUGACGAAUUGAUCCGAAGUGGUGUUGAACCCGAUGUAGUCACAUAUUCUGUACUCAUAAAUGGAUUUUGUAGAGACGGGAAGUUUAAAAACGCAAAGGAGGUGAUGUGUAAAAUGUAUAAAUCAGGUGUGGCACCAAAUAAAGUGAUACAUUCAACAUUGGUAUAUAAUUAUUGCAUCCAUGGAAAGGUAGAUGAAGCGAUGCAAAUCUAUAAGAUUUUGAAUCUUAGUGGUUAUGAUCCAGAUCUUUUUGUUUGUAAUAGACUAGUUGCUUCACUUUGUAACAGUAGAAGGGUGGAAGAGGCAGUUGAGUUCAUGAAUCACAUGGGUAGAAUUGGUAUUUCCCCUAACACCUCAACUCUCAACUCUGUUAUUAACGGGUAUGUAAGCAUUGGAAAUGGAUCAAAAGCGUUUACCUUUUUCGAAGAAAUGGUCAGAAUUGGUCAAUGCCCUAGUUCUCAUACGUACGGAAGUCUACUAAAAGCACUUUGUUAUGGUGGGAAUUCUGAAGAGGCGAGGAAAUUCUUGAAGAAACUCCAAUCCAUUCCACAUGCUUUAGAUGUUGUUUCUUAUAAUACAUUAAUGUUGGAAUAUUGUACGUCGGGAAAUUUACAAGCUGCUAUUUUCUUGUUGAAAGACAUGAUCCAUAACAAUGUGAUCCCCGAUAGUCAUACAUAUACCUGUCUUCUUGCCAGUUUAUGUAAGAAGGGUAGAAUGGUCAUUUCCAUCCUUCUUUUCGAAAAAUGGAUGCAAAUGGGAGUUCUUUUACCCAACCAUGUAACUUAUACAUGCUUAAUUGAUGGUCUUUUUAAGGCAGGACAACCAAAAACUGCUGCUUUUUACCACCAGAAGAUGGAAUCAGAGGGCCUCUUUCCUGAUACAGUUCUACUUAAUGUACUUAUGGAUGGCUAUUCAAGAACUUGGAACAUGUCUGUCGUUUAUGAUCUAUUUUCUACAAUGAGAGAGAGAAGUUUGUCACCUACUUUGGCUACAUACAACAUUCUUUUACACGGGUACUCAAAACAAGAUGAUAUAUCGAGAUGCUUUUCAGUAUACAGUACCCUUUUGAGAGACAGUUUUGUUCCUGAUAGACGAACAUGCCAUGCGUUAAUUUAUGGACUUUGUAAUGUGGGUAUGCUCGAAUUUGCCUCAAAAAUGAUGAAGCACAUGAUCUUGAAAGGUAUGUUUCCUGAUAAGUACACGUUUGAUAUGAUGAUCUCUAAAUGCUGCGAGAAGCGUCAGAUAGUGAAAGCUUUUGAGGUUUUAGAUAUUAUGUACUCUUUGGAGGUUUUUCCCGAUGAAGAUACAUUUAACAUCACUCUUAAAGGAGUUAAAGAAACAUAUGGUUGCCAACCCUCUUACAUUUUUCUUAAUGAGAUGUUGGUGAAAGGUUUUGUUCCCAGUGAAAAACAAGUUGUUAAGCUAAUAACUGAUAUGUGUAAAGUGAGAGAUGUUAAAGGUGCAUUUCAGUUGAAAAGUGAAAUGAAAACACUUGGUAUUACUUCAAGUAGUUUAGCUGAGAGUGCUAUGGUUCGCGGGCUUGCAAAAAGAGGGAGACUUGAAGAAGCCCUUUUAGUGUUUAAACGCAUGCUUAAAGCAAAAAUUGUCCCAACGACUGCUACAUUUACUACUCUGAUGCAUUGCUUUUGCAAAAAAUUCCAGUUUGAAGAGGCGUUGAAGUUAAAGCACAUUAUGGAAAUCCAUCAAGUAAAAAUUGAUGCGGUUACUUAUAAUGUUCUAAUAACUGGUUUUUGUGAAAAUGGUAAUUUGGUUGAAGCAUUGAAGCUAUACGAAGAGAUGAAGAAUAGAGGUAUUUGUCCCAUGGUCAAUACAUUUUGUGUCAUCGUUGAGUCUUGUUGCAGUGAAAAUGAUUUCCCAGAUGGGGAAACAGUUUUGAUGGAUUUGUGCAAAAGGGGUUUGUUAUCUGAAGAUGAGAUCACUCAAGAUAUAGCCAAUAGUUAUGUUGCUGCUUUAAGGAAGUUGAAAAUCUUAAAACACAGAAGAGGCAGAACUGGUUUCAGAAGCAGAUUGAGGCUACGUGUACCCUCCGGGUCAGAUUAGGUAAAUAUUAUAUCGAGCCGACAACAUUUAUUGUUUGCAUAUUCAGUAUAAUUCAUGUAGAGUUCGAAGCUUUGUAUAUACUAAAUGUAAAAUCAAUGUUAAUAUAAAUUACUCAGUAUAUUGUAGAAGAUAGAAAUAUUUCAUAUACAAGUGAUAUGUAAUUAGUCUUUGUUUGAUUUCUUACUUAAUUGAAGAUUCAUGAAUUCUUUA